CUUUGACAAUGAUUAAUGCUUCAUGCUUCAACAGAUGGACAAAACCGCUCCUUGACUUGUCUCUGUAACGUUUGGUGAACUAGCUGGGACCUACUCACCAUGUCAGUUCAGACGCCGCUCACAUACGCAGUAAGCCUUUGGGUACUUGAGAAGUGGCUAAAGCAAACCUUUGGUGCAAAAACAGUUGGUGAAAGAACCACGUGGUCAUACAAGCCCGAUGUGCAAGGCGGCAACAGUUUCUGGGUGGUCACUGCACCAAGGGAAAUUACCAAGGAAGAGCAGCAAGAGCUCGAAAAGCGCUCGGCCCCCAAGACAAUCGCCAUUUCCCUGACCUUUUAG